CAAUCUCUCGCUCCCAAAUCUUCAACACCCACGACGUGACACGCCCACGCGCGCGCAAGACCUCUAUACAGCCGACCGGCGAUGCACACGGCACAGCCAGCCGGCCGCGUCCGGCUGAACGUCGGCGGGCAGGUGUUCGAGACGACGGUCGACACGCUCACAGGCGCGGGCGAGGGAACCAUGCUGUGCGCCAUGAUGGACCCCUGCUGGAAUGCCGCCGGCGCAGCAGGCACGGCCGGGGGCGUGCCCGAGUACUUCAUCGACCGCGAUCCGGCCUGCUUCGCUUCGCUCCUCGACAUGCUCCGCACGGGCGAGCUCCACGUCCCCGCCGGCGUCCCGGAGAGGGUGCUCUUCCGCGAGGCGAACUACUACGGCCUCCUCGACCGCGUCCGCGCCGCUCGUAUCGGCGAGCUCGAUCUCAAGAGGGUUCGCCUAGCCGCGUCAGUGCCACCAGGGCGGGUGACGGCUGACCGCCCGAUCGUCCGAGCGGCGCCCGACGGAGGGUGCUGCGUCACACACACGCACGACACCACCGUGCGGGUGUACAACUGGAUGCUCGAGGAGCGCCGGCCGGUCUGCCUGACACCCGCAGUGUCGCGGGUCCGCGAUGCGGCUUACCUCGGCCCCUCUUCGCUCCUCGUUGGCGGCUUGGGCAUGGCUGCUUUCUCCGCGCUUACCGGCGACCUAAGUCACCACUUCCGACUAGCAAACCUGGGCGAGAGUGUUGACACACUGGCUUUGGCCUCCGACCAGGAAACAAAAAUGUUUGCGAGCUGCAGAGGAAUUAGCCGCUACGACAGCUACGGCAUCGGUGUUUGGGACUGCAUCACCGGCGAGCAGGCAGGCCCCCUUUUGUACCCCAAGCCCGAAAGCAAGAUGGGCAGCACCACCAAGCUUCAAUGGCUGCCAAACACCAAGACGCUCAUGGCGGCCAGCGUUUGUUCGUCGUUUUCCAUGGCUCUGGUAGAUUCCCGGGAUAUGAGCGUUGUGUGGUCGUGGUGGUAUGACAGCGCCCGCGAGGGGAAGAACAGAUGCGUUGUGGAUGCAGCCGUGAUGGAGGACGAGAGGUCGGUCUGCUUGAUCAGCGACCACCAUGAUCUCGGGUUACUCGACAUUCGUAUCCAGGGCAACUCCGGAAACGUGCGGUGGCUACAUCAGAGCAAGAUGAGUUCAACUUCCAAGUGCAAUAGUCCAAAGCUUGCCGUGCACGGCGGACUGCUUUCGGCGUCCAAGGAUGACACCAUCUCGGUGUUUGGCGGCCCUAAAUAUGACCUGAGGCUGGCGCUGCGCGGGAGCCAAGGCGGUGGCGCCAUUAACGACUUCUCCGUUGGGGGCGACCGUUUCUUUGCCGUGCAUAAGGAGGACAACGUGUUGGAUGUCUGGGAGACGCCGCUACCUCCCAUAAUCUAAUUUUUAGUCAUCGAUUACUCGACUAGUAAUUAGUAUCAAGAAACUAGUUAGUACUAGUUGUACCAAAAACAGUUUUGCUUGAACUCAUCUAGAUGAUAUAUAAUUUGGUCUCAUUCACCUUUUAUAGCUAUUGGAUGUGAUGCUAUAAGAUGCGUGUGUGCUGA